AUGAGUCAAUUUGGAAACUACAGAAAGUUCUUGAUGAAUAGGGUAUCGGCAACGCUGCCUGUAGUUGAAUUUAUUGAAAACUGUGUUGUUAGUGAAAAUGAAAUCGCCAAACAUUCAUUUCAUAAAAUUAUGGUUCAUCAUUGGACAGAAAAUGAAGUAAAAUUAUUUGAAGUGAUGAGUGAUUACUUUGGCGCUUCAUUCAUUCCUGUAGACUUUUCAAAACAAAAUAUUAUAUCAACUUUUUACACAAGUAGCUUGACAUUGAUACUUAAAAUCAUAAAACUCGAUUUCCUGUUCCCUUAUUGUAGAAACAUGUACAAUUUAGAUGUGCUGUUUAAUGACAAAGUUUCAUCAAAUAUUUUUGAAGAAAAAAUUACUAUCGACGAUAUAGUAAAUGGUGUAGUCAGUUCGAGAUUUAAUGAACAUUUUGAACUGAAUCUGUCAAAUUUUUGUAAUGAUCCAGUAUUUUUGCAGAAAAAAAUUUAUUUCUAUAAUAUAACACUUUUGUCAUAUUUUAAAAUCCUUAUGAUAAGGAUGGGGAGAGAUACAAGAAUAUUAAACCUUAGCAAUAAUAAUUUAAGCCAAAUUCCUUUAAAUAUAUUAAAUUUUUUCAUCAAAGGAGAACUAAUAGGAGUAAACUUAAGUGACAACAAUAUUCCAUCACUGAAUGAAUUACAGAGAAUAAGUAGUAAAAUAGAAAAGUUAUGGGUGGAAGGAAAUCCAUUAUGUGAGAACUUGUGUGCAAUGUCAUACAUAAAACAGGUUUUACAGAAAUUUCCAAGGUUAAUUGAACUUGAUGGAAUAAAACUUAAUGAACAUGAUUUAAUGUUGCCAUUUCACAAAAACUUUUCGGUGAUGCCGGAUAAGAAGACGAAAAUGAUUGUUGAGAAAUUUGUGUCGCUGUAUUUUUCUCAUUAUGAUUCAAAAUCGCGCAGGAAAAUCGAUAUGUUCUAUGAUUUAAAUGCACAAAUGACUUUAUCUACAUCAUUUUCAGAUGGGGAAGAAAGCGAAGCAUGUGAAAUGCAUUCUAGAAACAUGUUGAAUCCAGUUAAAAGAGAAUUAAUUUUAAAUAAUAAGAGACACUAUAAGUCACGUGCAGCUGUAGUUUCAGUUUUAUCACAACUGCCUAACUCGGUGCAUGAUCUUUCAAGUUUUAAUAUUGAUGUUUUGAAACAUGAGAGUAAUUGUUUAAUUUUAAUAAUUGACGGCAUUUUUAAAGAGGUUAACAAAAUGAAGGAACGGUUUAUACAAUUUAGAAGAACAUUUAUAUUUAGCAUUUUUAAUAUGCAUUCUAUAUCACAUUAUCAUAUUGUUAAUGAAAUGUUUAGUAUGUCAUUAGCUUUACCAGACUUAGUAAAAAAUUACUUUCAGACGCCUCUAAGAAACUUGACUCAGUUGAAAUUAAUUAAUCCCGAUCAAGAAGAUAAAGAUAUAAUCUGUACAGCAUUUAUGCAUUAUACAAAUCUUAAAAAGCCAGAAGCUGAGACACGCCUUUUAAAGCACGAGUGGGAUUUACGAGACGCAUUGAAAGAAUUCACAGUAGACUGCAAGAGUGACAAAAUUAGUUCAGAUAAAUUUAUGACUGCUGAAAUAUCAGAUAUACCGCCUUCAGAAUAUGAAAUUGAUUAAAUGAUUUAAUUGAA